CUCACUCUUAGCGCGAGGUUCAGUUGGUGGUUGACUCUGGUAGCGAGAGGAGCGUGUCCGGUGGUGUGCCCAGUCCGCGACUCUGUGUGUCUCAAGUGUUAAUAGGAGCUUGUUUAAUCCCUCCCCCUCGAUUGUGUUCUAACUUGUGCUGUGACAAACUUCCUCUCCAAAGCCACUUUCAAGAUGAUGCUCAAGGGACUACUACUUUUCGCCCUACUAAUCACAACAGGUGGAGCACGUGCUUGACGUACAGUACGGCCCCAAACUGACGAGGGUGUCUGAGGAGGAACAGCACGUACUCAAGGGUGAGAGUGUACGGCUCGAGUGUCAGGCUGAGGGCAACCCGACACCCACCAUCCAUUGGUCUCGCAAGGAGGGCAGACUUCCUUCAGGUGCUCUGGAGGAGGAGGGCCUGAGCAUGAUUCUGGAAGGUGUGGAUCGCCACGUGGAGGGCACUUACGUCUGCUCGGCUGACAAUGGCAUUGGGGACAAGGCGACCUCUUCUAUGUCUGUGAUCGUCGAGUACCCCCCGGAGAUCAUCACCGAGAAGGCCAUUAUACGUACAGGAGAGGGGGACAAGGUGGAGCUGGUAUGCAUCGUUCAUGCUAGGCCUACUGCUGACGUCACCUGGAGCAAGGACGGUGAGCCUAUCACCCUGGACAAACAUCUUGAGGAACAAGACGGUGGUCAUCGCCACUCGCUAAGAAUCUCGCAGGUCACUGAAGAUGACUUCGGGGAAUACGUCUGCACAGCUGCCAAUAAGUAUGCCACCGAAAAAGCCUCUAUACACACGACAGGUUCACCCAAGCCUCCACACUUCACCAGUGACCGCAAUGGCGGUGAAGAGACCAGCUACACCCUAACCUGGGAGACGGAGAGUUAUUACCCUAUCCUCGAGUACCGGCUUAAAUACCGCAAGGCCAGGGCCAACGACUCUACCGAUGAGCCUGGUGAGUGGCAGGACAACACAUACGAGGCCACCGAUAUGAAAUCUCAGGAUCUGAUGCACUACAUGAAACACACCAUCAAUGAUCUCGAGCCUGCCACUGACUAUCACGCCACCGUCCAGAUCAAGAACAAGUUCAUGUGGGGUGCCAAUACAGAGUUUGCUUUCUCCACGAAAAAAGUCCCACCCACUACCACCACCACUCCUACCACCUCCAUCACCACUACUACCCAAAUCACCACUACCACACUCCUCACCACCUUUGCUGGGGAUACAGAGGGUCCAACAGUUGCCUCCAGCCAAGGAGCCUUUAAUUUCAAGAUGAUCAUAUAUUUGCUUGGUGUGAUAGAAGUGGCCGUCCAACGCACAACCAGCGGAGCCCCGGUCGCAGGCUCUGGUGCCCUGCUGAUGCUCCUCCUUCCUGUCCUGUUGCUCAGGACAUAAACUCGCUGCCAAACACUAGUUCCUGCUACAUCAUCAUCUGGUUGACGUUAUCCUGUGCCUGCAAAUGGCUAACAUCCUGCAAAAAUUAAGCCUUCUAUAACACACUCAGCUUCAUUGUAACGCAGCGACAGGUUCACAUACAUAUCACCUUGACGGAAGUGAUCUGUGAAUUGCAUCAUUUUCUUUUAAGAGAUUUAUAAAUACUGAAUGCAGAUUUGAAACAGUGAUUUCUGAAAUUCUUUCAAAGUUAGUCCAGAAGUUAAAAUGUACAUCUGGUGUUAAGUAAUUCUUUUUUGUCUUUUUCUAAGGAUUUUGUCUUAAGGAGGCAUUAAUAUCUUACAAGUGGAUUAAUGAUGAAAUUCAAGUGAAAUUUAUAGUGGAAAUGAUGUGCUACUUAGAAUUAGUUCCUUAAUACUGUACAAGAUUAGAUAAUUUUUCUAGACGAUAAUUGCAUUACAUGUCUCAAUAAUUAAUAAGGAAUAAUAAUUAAUAAUUCAGUAAUUUAUAAUGCAGUACAUAUUUCAUUGAUCAUAAAUAACCAGAAGUUAAACUAUUAUAACUGCAUGAUAGAGAGAAAUGCUUUUUAAUUUUAUAUAAAGGUCUGAAAAGAAAACAUUCAAAAUAUCUUAUUAAAUUGAAUGUUGAAAGAACUGAAUUUUUAAAGGUAUACCUGUGACCACAACAAGCUAUUGAAAUACUUUCAAGCGUAACAGAAACCAACAGAACAUUUAAAGUAAAAACCCAAAGAUCUUGGCAUUCUCAAAAUUAUAUUACAAACUGGUGUCAAACCAGCAAAUAUUGCCUUGAUAAUCAGCAAUCUUUGGAAGCUAAUGUAAAAGCAAACAAUUAUAUGAAAUAGGGCAUUGUGUGGCACAUCUCCAAUUACCGAAGGAAUGCAGUAUGAAUGCACAUUGUGUGGAUAAGCCAUAGGGUGCAUAUAUUACAAUAUAUGCUUAUGUUUGUUUUAUCAUUGUAAUGAGCCCCCUUGGCCUUUACCAGUGCUCUCUUGAACUGCCAUAAACGAUACUUUGAUUUCUUUAGUGUUCGUAUCUAAUGAGCUCCUAAUGCUGUGUAAUGAGUACUCGGUGGAGACAAUAUCCAAGAGUGGCGUUGGUUCACAUUGAAUCAACGUUAUUAAUUACCAUAUGUACAACAUUAUUAUCAAUGUUGACACAUCACGUUAGUGUGAUUACUCUCUGUGUAUUGAAAGUGUGAACGUUAUUAAUGUUAAUUCAAUGUUGAAUCAAUGUUGAUGACAUUGAGUCCACAUUGAUAAUGUUGAUUUGGCAUUGAUGAUGUUGAUUUGUCUUUGAAUUGAUAUUGCUCAUGAAUAUUGUGCUCAGUAAGUACUGCUUAUUUAGUACAGUACUAAAUAAGAGCAUUGUGAUUAUUAGUGUCUAGAACAACUGGAGAAAGCAAAGGGGAUAUUACUAUGAAAAUAACCUUAUAUAUAUAUUGUGCUAGCUAACAAAGGAAUGUAGAUGAUCUUUAUAACGACACAUACCCCUCAUUAUGUGGCAACAAUGAGCAUUGAUGUAUCUAAAAUGUUCUUUUUACUAAAUAUGAGCUCUUCUCCCUUUUAAAUUUGAUUUUAUUCUGGAAUAUUUUUGCUUCUGCAGUUUCUCUCUCUCUCUCUCUCUCUCUCUCUCUCUCUCUCUCUCUCUCUCUCUCUCUCUCUCUCUCUCUCUCUCUCUCUCUCUCUCUCUCUCUCUCUCUCUCUCUCUCUCUCUCUCUCCCUCUCUCUCUCUUUUUUCACUUGUAAUUACAGAGAGGUUUUUACUUAGUCUGUUAUGUGUGCCUCCUUGAAUAGGAAGAUACAGUAUAGGCAGACAUGUAUAAUGUCCUCCAUUUGUAUAUAUAUAUAUGAGCUAAUUCCUCACAUAAUUUUUGUUUUAUGUGGCCAGCAAAGCCUAGGUCAAUUUUAGGCAGACCACAAAAUUAUUCUAGGUCCAUACAAUUUGGUGUAUAUGUAGGGGGUCAGAUUGCUCGCAUGUAUCGAUGUGAAUAACUGGAUAACUCUUGUUUUACUGGUGUGGGAGGUCAGGAAACACGACUUAUAAUCAUGUUUAGUGGCUUGGUGAUCUUUAUAUGGUUUGCGUUUCUUCAACUUAAUUACACGUUUGGAAUUGUGAUAUCAGAUAUACUACAUGUGCAUUUCCUCAACAUUUUCUCAUUUUCAGUCCUUGCAGUGUGGCAUGAUCAAAUUUAAAGCAUGCAGCUAGAACACUUUUUAACAUAUAUAUAUAAGCUUCACUUCUGUAACCCAACUUCUGAUAGUGAUAAUUGGAAGUCUUAUCCCUAUUACAAAUCUUAUUCCUUUAAUUGAGAACACAUUCACAGACUGACCCUCACUGUAUGCUAACCAUAGUUUCUCUAAAACAUAUCCUUUAGUUUAUCCCGUUAUUUAUGUCCCGGUAUCCUAGCUUACCUUUGUAUAUACAGCCCAUCACCUUGACCUAUCUUGGUAUAGGAACCAAUGCAUUAAUUUAUUUUGGUAUGGACAUCGUGAUAGUAAUAUCAUUAUGAUACCUAGAUGAAGCCAUACUGGCUUUCAGCCAGGACUUCAGAUCCUUCCUGUGUUGAACUCUUGUCAAAACAAAAUCAUGCGGGCCUUUUUCUGGGAGGGACCCUUAGAUAGCUUCUCGGGAGUCACCGACGGACUCGCCAGAAAGAGGCAUUUCAAUACAUUCAACCCGAUUUGUUUUCCUGUUCCUUAGAACAGUAUAAAACAUAAAUUUCGAUAUCAUUUCUCUUAAAUUCUGUGCUGUAAAUACCUAUAUAUGGUAAAUUACAUAUUCUGUAUACGGUAGAAGAUAGAGUAUCAUACAAUAUGGUACUGAAUAGUUUGUUAUGGCAUAUGCAGACAACAUAAAUUGGGUCUGAAGAUCUGCUUGGGAAGGUAUGGUGGUCAGUCAGGAAGAGUAAUCGUGGACCUCGGUUCUCUGUACACAGUUUUCCUUGUGUUGUGAUUUAUAUGUUUUGCUAAACUUAAAAGUGUAAUCUGUUUGGCAAGUGUUUUUAUUCACUAUAAGGUUACCUCUUUCCCACGAAGGAGAAGUUCUUUAUGCUUAGAUAUCAUCUUUGGGGUGGAUUUUUUUUUUUUAUCAUGUAAUAGAAAUACCAAAAUAAAAAAAAUAUUUUUGGCUUCAGUAUCUACUACUAAUUAAUCAUGUAAAAAAUUUAAAAAAAUAUUCAAUAUUAUAUAAAUGUCUUCAUAUGAACUUCAGUUGAACAUUCCAAGUAGUGGUUGCCAUUUUAAUGUGAAAGUUUUGACAGUGUCAGCCAAAACUGGUGGAUUUACACACUGUGUUGGCCUAAACUGGAAGAAGUACUGAUAGUGUCAGCCAAAACUGGUGGAUUUACACACUGUGUUGGCCUAAACUGGAAGAAGUACUGAUAGUGUCAGCCAAAACUGGUGGAUUUACACACUGUGUUGGCCUAAACUGGAAGAGGUACUGAUAGUGUCAGCCAAAACUGGUGGAUUUACACACUGUGUUGGCCUAAACUGGAAGAGGUACUGAUAGUGUCAGCCAAAACUGGUGGAUUUACACACUGUGUUGGCCUAAACUGGAAGAGGUACUGAUAGUGUCAGCCAAAACUGGUGGAUUUACACACAGUGUUGGCCUAAACUGGAAGAGGUACUGAUAGUGUCAGCCAAAACUGGUGGAUUUACACACUGUGUUGGCCUAAACUGGAAGAAGUACUGAUAGUGUCAGCCAAAACUAAUCAAAGUUAUGACAGCAUCUCUACUUACAGAGAUGCUGAGAGUGUCUGCCACAUUAACGGCAAUGAUAACAGUGCCAGUCAUGGUGAUGAAAACACUUAAGAGUGUCUGUUGUACGGUUGGGAUUGCGGAGUGUCAGUCAUACUGGUGGCACUUGCAGAGUGCCACCAGUAUGACUGGUGGCACAUACCUUUCAGAGAUACUCUCGCCGCCCCAGAUUGCAUGUCCUGCGUGCCGGGAGGCGGCACUGCCCCUGUCCUUCGGGUGUUGCCCUUCUUCCUGGUAGAAAUGCUGAUGAGUUUCAUAAUGCCGGUGGAGCCCUGACAAUGUCUACCGUACUUGUGGGUCACUAACAGUAUCUAUGAUGUUUGUGAAGACAGAUAAACUUAGUUUCAAACUUGCAAAAAAAAAAAAAGAGCUGACAGCUGAUGUCAUAUAGGUCAAUGCACCUGCAAUAGCUGACAUUUAAGUAAAGGCACUAGUCAAAAUGGUAUCUACCAAACUAUUGUCACCAUGGAUGAGUGAACUUGACUCUUGCUUUGGGAAACGUUAAAAAUACUUUACUAAGCAACAUAGUAUUUUAUGUUGAGCUUCUCAAAAGUUAGUCUUCACUUUGCCUUCAACAAAAUAAUAAUAAUAAUAAGAAUAAGAAUAAGAAUAAUAAUAAGCUUUUUUGAGUCAUGGUAAUUUUUGUGAGGUCACUAUAGUUUACUAAUAUGCUUAAGACACUAAAAACAUAUAUAGUCUAGAGGGAGGGCAGUGCUGGGAGUUGCAAGAAAAUAAUGGUUUACUUCUUGCUGGCAGCAGAUGGCCAUGUAACUAGAGGAGAAACAUAACAUAAUGCAUCAGCAUCGUCCUAGCUACUGUAAAUAAGGUGUGAGGGGGCAGGCUAUUUACAAACUGACUAUGAAUGGAUAUUGAGGCCAUACGAUGGAAUCCAACCUGUGUCCCUCGGAAGUUCAGAGAAACAGGUUUGAUCCCAUCCUAUAGCUUCAAUAUUUAUUGGCACAUUUAUAAAUAUUUUUGUGAUUUCACUGUGCACCUUAAUUACUAUAUUCAAGGUCUUAAGUGCCAGCUGGCUAAAUGAGAUGGCUAAAUGCCAGCUGGAUACAAUACACGAUCUUCUAACAUCUGAUAUAAAAGAUGUACAGUACUAAUACCAGCAGCCAGUUGGCAACGGAAGUCAAUUUUCUUUAAUAUAAAAAAGCUUGGAGAAUUGUGUAGAGAAUGUUGUAUAAACAAUACAACAUGGGGUAUUGAGCAGCUGGCAAUGGUGGAUCUACUUUUAAUAUUUCGAGCAGUACCAGCCGCUGGAUUGAAAUAAAUAGAACUUAGCAGUAAACAGGAAAUUACAAUACUAAGAGCAUCCAGCAACAGCUGGUGGUGAUAGAUACAUGUAGUAGCCAGGAACAGCAGGUAGAGGCACUAACAACAAAGCACAUGACAUUAAUGUUGGUGAACGCAUAAUUCAAGCUGCUGGUGCUUACUAUACAGGAUUUAACACCAUCAUGCAGUCAGUAGUGGUGGUGGAGAAUGUAAACUGGUCAGCCCAGCUCAUCCCUGCCCUCGCAAGACAUGAUUUGUAACGAUUGUAACCUCAUUGUCAAAUUUUUAUUUAUUCAUUUGUGAGUUCUUUGUACAUUGUGGAAAUUGUAACUUUUUAAAUUAAAGUGACUAACGUCUAA